UCAUACAGACAGCACUACUCGUUGGACUGUCAUUCAUCAAAGAAGAUGAUGCAGCCAGACCAAAAUCACAGCUCUGCCUCUGCAAAGAAGAAAAAUCUACUUCAUAGGAAUAUUUUUAUUUGAAAUCAUAUUCUUUUUUUAAUAAAAACCAAACGACAGAAACAAUUUUUCUUUCAAGUGGAUAGUUGGUGAACCUAUUCCAAAGCCUGUAUCUUGUUUAUUCAUCUAUGGCCUGCCAGCACCAAUGCUAAUAUAAUCAGAAUCGCAAGAAAUGUUCUUUUUAGAUUUCUGAUAUAGCUGUACAAGAAGAAUUGCUGGAGGAAUUCAUCUCAGAGAUGGGAAACUGUUGUAGGAAGAAUUGCAGCUGUCUAAGCUGCGUGCUACCCUGUAUCUUUAAACAUGAAAUUACGAAUAUACCUGAAGGUAGUCAACAUGACGGUCCAUGGGCACCUCCACAUUUUGAAACCCCAAGAGAACCACAAAGAAAUACUUACAUGGCGUUGUACAGUUAUGAAGGACGGACACCUGAUGAACUGAGUUUUAAGGCUGGGGACAAGAUGCUUAUCAUAGACACCACCCAUGCUAGCUGGUGGAAAGCUAAACUUUUAAGGACAAGAGGAAAAACGGAGGGAUAUGUUCCAUUUAAUUACAUUGCUCCUGACUCCAGCAUUGAGUCUAUGCCGUGUUUUUUUAAAGAUAUCAAGCGAACAGAGGCUGAAAGACUGUUAUUGCAACCAGGCAAUAUAACCGGAUCUUUUUUAAUCAGAGAAAGUGAAAGCCAAAAGGGUGAAUACGCUCUUACUGUGUUUGAUGGAAUCACCGUGAAACAUUAUAGGCUCAGAAGACUGGAUGAUGGUGGAUUUUACAUAACUGCAAAGAGUCAAUUUAGAUCUAUGAAUGAGCUUGUUGAAUAUUAUGGUAAAAGAGAGGAAGGACUUUGCUGCAAACUUUUAAAACCAUGCCUAAAGACAGCAAUACCUCUUCCUCCUGACCUGUGUUACCAUACUGCAGAUCACUGGGAAAUUGACAGAAAUUCUCUUAAGCGUUUAAAAAAACUUGGCCAAGGGCAAUUUGGUGAAGUAUGGGAAGGACUAUGGAACAAUACUAUACCAGUAGCUAUAAAGACUUUAAAAACAGGAUCCAUGAAUCCACAGGAUUUCUUACGAGAGGCACAGUUCAUGAAGAACCUUAGACAUCCAAAACUUAUCCAACUUUAUGCAGUUUGUACUUUGGAAGAGCCGGUAUAUAUAAUAACUGAACUCAUGAUACAUGGAAGUCUGCUUACUUAUCUCCAAAAUGAUAAUGGAACAUCAAUCCAUAUUCCUCACCAGGUGGACAUGGCUGCUCAGGUGGCCUCAGGAAUGGCUUACCUGGAAACCCAAAGCUUCAUUCAUAGAGAUCUGGCAGCGAGAAAUGUGCUUGUUGGUGAAAACAGUGUUUACAAAGUGGCAGAUUUUGGCUUAGCCAGAGUUUUUACGGGAGAUGAUGUUUACGAGUCAAAAAAUGAUACAAAGCUUCCUCUGAAAUGGACAGCACCAGAAGCAGUCAAAUACAACAAGUUCACCGUUAAGACUGAUGUCUGGGCCUUUGGCAUCCUUAUCUUUGAAAUAGUGACGUAUGGGAAGAUGCCAUAUCCAGGCUUAACAGGAAGACAGGCAUUAGAGAAGCUGGAGCAAGGUUAUAGAAUCCCAAAGCCAUUCAACUGUCCUCAUGACCUGUACAAACUUAUGCUCGAAUGCUGGAACGCAAAACCAGAAGAGAGACCAACUUUUGAAACAUUACAGUGGAAGCUGGAAGAUUAUUUUGAAACAGACCCUUCAUCGUAUCUUGAAGCAAAUAACUUUGCACGAUAAGUUCCAGAGCGAAACAAGACCAUGGAGCUAUAGGCAGCAUAAUAAUGUCUUUCCAUGAUAAGGAAAUUGUGGCCCUCAUUACAGUAGACUAUCAACGGAAAGGACAGUUGAAACAAAUAACAUUUCAAUGUCUUAUUGAACUAGUAAACAGCAGCAAGCAUAAAUUAUAUUUCCUUUUGCAAUACUAGCUCUUGACUUUUGGAGCUUCUCCGACAUCUUACAGGAACAUACUAAUAACUGGAAGCUACAAUAUCUGAACAUGCUGCAUUUUUGGGAGUUACAAUUUCUGCUCAUGGUCCACUUCUGAGAGCUACAAUAGCCAGUGCACUUUUGGGAGCUGUAAUAUCAGGCUCAUGGUCACUUUUGGGAGCUACAGUAUCUGUUUCUGGUACACUUUUGGGAGCUACAAAACUUUCCCAUAGUGCACUUUGUAGAAACAUGUAUGCAUGAAUAAAUGAAUCUCCUGUAAGCAUUUUUCACAGUGAUAUUGGGAAAAUAUAAAUUGCCUGUUAAAGACAGAAAAAUAUAAGCACUCCUUUAAGUACCUAGAUGUGUUGUUUACAGAGGUUCCAACUAACAUUGGAUGUGCAGCCUGGGAUAAUAAUUUAACACUGAAAUCCUUUCUAGGAACUAUAAAAAAUGUAUGAAAAAAGUACUGAAAUACUGCAUUGCAUGUUUUUGUUGUUUGGCCCAUAUCAUUUACAUUUUAUAUAAAGCCUAUAUAGGCUAUUUUCUACUGGCAUUCAUAAAUCACAGUCUGGAAAAAAAAUAGAUUUACUUGGCCACAAAGUUUAGUUUCAGUACAGAUCUAUUUAUUUUUAUUACAGAAUCUUAGUUGAUAACAUUUAUAUACUGGGCAUAUUGUUUAUUUUAGAUCUAAUUACAGCAGAUAUGACACUUUUCUGUGCUGUGUAAUAAAUGACCAGCUUAAUUUGUUAGCAUCUGAAGUGUAGAUUAAUGUCUGCCAACAAUUUAGCAAACAUAAAUGUAAUAUUAUCGUCCAAAAUGAUUGCCCCCUUAGGUUUCGGUAUAGUUGUAGCUGAAAAGUAAAAGAUAUCUUUUGAAAAUAUCUUUGAAUAUUCUCCAUAUUGUGCAUGAUAUAUCAUGGUAUACAUAAAGCCUUAUAAAUCUGACACAAUGCAAAGCACUUGAACUGGUCCUAAGGAACUUUCAUCUGUGAAUAGUGUGGUGUUUGUGCAGAUGGCCUGUAGAUGUCACUGUGCUCAGACUUAUACUGUGCAUACUUUCUGUCAGCUUAAAA